AUGCUCACAAAAGGAUCAUCUUCAGAUGUUCUCAGAGCAAGCAUUUCUAGCGCCCCAAGUACAUCUAGCCAUGGUUCUGCACAAGAUGAAUGUGAUUCAUUAGGGGAUGUGUAUGUAUGGGGUGAGGUUGUCUGCGAUACUUCAUUACGAACUGGUUCUGAUACUGUAAUUAGUUCAACUGGCAGGACUGACAUCCUCCUCCCGAAGCCAUUGGAGUCCAAUUUAGUUCUUGAUGUGUAUCAUGUAGAUUGUGGGGUUAAGCAUGCUGCAUUGGUCAUGAAAAAUGGUGAGGUUUUUACAUGGGGUGAAGAUUCUGGAGGCCGCCUUGGCCAUGGAACACGAGAAGAUUGUGUUCGCCCUCGUCUGGUUGAGUCUUUGACAGUUUCCAAUGUAGAUUUUGUUGCCUGUGGGGAAUUUCAUACUUGUGCUGUUACAACAACGGGUGAGCUUUAUACCUGGGGAGAUGGAACUCACAAUGUUGGGCUUCUCGGGCAUGGCAAUGAUGUAGGACACUGGAUACCUAAGAGGGUUUCUGGAGCAUUGGAUGUUCUUCAAGUUGCUUAUGUUUCGUGUGGGACCUGGCAUACAGCCUUGAUAACAUCCAUGGGCCAAUUGUUUACCUUUGGGGACGGUUCAUUUGGUGUAUUAGGCCACGGAGAUCUGAAAAAUGUUUCUUACCCAAGGGAGGUAGAGUCACUAUCAGGGUUGAAAACAAUUGCUGUGGCAUGUGGUGUAUGGCACACUGCAGCUAUUGUGGAGGUUAUUGUCACUCGGUCCAGUUCAAGUGUAAAACUAUCUGCUGGAAAGCUGUUCACAUGGGGAGAUGGUGACAAGCAUCGACUUGGUCAUGGUGACAAAGAAACUCGACUUAAGCCGACUUGCAUGGCUACGCUUAUUGAUCAUGAUUUUUACAGGGUAGCAUGUGGUCACAGUCUUACUGUUGCCUUGACAACUUCUGGACAAGUCUUGAGCAUGGGUAAUGCUGUUUAUGGUCAGCUCGGAAAUCCUCAUUCAGAUGGAAGGAUACCUUGUUUAGUUGAAGACAAAAUUGUGGGUGAGCAAGUUAUCCAAAUUGCUUGUGGCUCCUACCAUGUCGCAGUUUUGACAGGUAGGAAUGAAGUUUUUACAUGGGGAAAGGGAGCUAAUGGAAGAUUGGGUCAUGGAGACAUAGAGGAUCGGAAGGUGCCUACACUGGUUGAAGCCUUGAAAGAUAGAGCUGUUAGGUACAUAGCCUGUGGUGCAAACUUCACUGCUGCUAUUUGUCAAUAUAAAUGGGUUUCUGGAGCUGACCAAUCACAGUGUUCCUCAUGUCGACAGCUAUUUGGGUUUACUCGAAAGAGGCGUAACUGCUAUAAUUGUGGACUUGUCCAUUGCAAUGCCUGCACCUCGCGGAAGGCUUUGAGAGCAGCACUGGCUCCUAGUCCUGGGAAACCUUACCGUGUUUGUGAUUCAUGUUUCUUGAAGUUGAAUAAUGCCUCGGAUCCUAAUGCAGCUAACCGGAGGAAAGACCCUGUUCCCUACCAACCUGUUGAAAGCAAUGGUGAUGCUAAAGUAGGAAAGGCUAGUUUGCCUAGUAAUAUGGAUAUGAUUCGAAAUUUGGAUAUCAAGGCAGCACGGCAAGGGAAGAAAACUGAUGGGCUAUCAUUUCUCCGGAAUCCUCAAGUUAGUUCGCUCCUGCAGCUGAGUGAUAUUGCUUUAUCUGGUGGCUUGGGCAUGAACAGAUCAGCUCCGAGAGCAGUACGCAUAUCUGCAGCUCGGUCAGUUACUACUUCAAGAGCUGUUUCCCCUUUCUCUCGCAAGCCCAGUCCACCACGUUCUACUACACCAGUUCCAACAGCCCAUGGUCUUUCUCUCUCAAAAAGUGCUACUGAUAAUAUUGUUAAAGCAAAUGAGCUCUUAAAUCAGGAAGUUGAAAGACUGGGUGCACAGGUUGAUAACCUGAGAAAUCGUUGCGAGCUUCAAGAACUUGAGCUUCAAAAAUCAGCAAAAAAGGUACAAGAGGCCAUGACACUGGUUGCCGAAGAAUCUGCAAAAUCCAAAGCUGCAAAAGAAGUUAUAAAAUCUUUAACCGCUCAGCUGAAGGAUAUGGCUGAGAGAUUACCACCAGAUCAUGGGGCCUAUAGUGUCAAUGAGACAAAGCAAUCACAUAUUCCGAAUGGCAUUGAGUCACAUGUUGCUAGCUACUCUAGCAUGAAUGGAAUUCACCAGACACGGAAUGAGUUGCUCAAUGCUUCAAUUGCACAUAGUCCAAGCUCUGGACGAUCAUCGCAUUGCAAUGGAAUCUCAGGCCAACAUAAAUUACUGGGUAAUGUGAGUGAACAUAGUGACUGCAGCACUCACAGCCUAAGAAUUACCAGUCCUCACGACUCAGAGCUUCCUAAUCGAAGAGCACGCAGCAGCAGCGAUGAGAUGCUGACAGCAGGCAGUAGAGUGGAUGAUAAUGUGAGCAUGGAUGCUAUGUCCCUUCAAAGCGGUGAGGAUGGCUACAAGCCUCGAGGCACGAUAUCAUUACCAUGCAACCAAGUUCAGGCCGAAUGGAUCGAGCAGUAUGAACCCGGCGUAUACAUAACACUCACAACCCUCCAUGAUGGGACCCGGGAUCUGAAGAGGGUUCGCUUCAGCCGAAGACGUUUUGGUGAGCAUCAGGCGGAAAAUUGGUGGAAUGAGAACCGGGAAAAAGUGUAUGAGCGAUACAACGUGAAGAGCUCUGAGCGUGUGUCAUCAGCAGCCUCAACCCGGUCUGCAUACUGA